UCAGGCGCCGAGGUUGGCAACAGUGGAAUGCCGCGUGCCGCCAGUCUUCUCGCGGUGAUGAUCGUACGACGAACCGGCUGAAUGUCGAGGCCGAUCGGGGAUUGAUUUCUCGUGCAGUGUUUAGCUUGAUCGUUACCGCGAAUAUUCUCCGUUUGACGAGAGUGCGACGACCGGUUCUGCACGGCCGCCGUGGAACGCGGCGGAUUCGGUGAUCGCGAGAAACGAAACGAAAAGAAAGAUAGAUCGCGCGUAUCGAGGCCACUGUUUGUCGUGCAACUUGUCGCCGCUGGCGAACACCUAGUGCCCACGGGAAUGGAGCAGCAGCAGCGGGAAAUAUCUUCGCUCGUCGACCAGCAACAGAUGGCCGGGAUGAACAGCAGCCGAAGCGGAAGAGACACGGUGAAGUCGUGGGCGGAGGGGAGCGUUUGGUCCUUGGUAUGCGCGAUGGAAUUAGGUUUGAUAUCGGAGCCGUGUCUGACGAGCGUCUCGUUUGCCACGCUCUCCGAUGACGGCUCGCUCGUGAAAACGAGUACACCGGUGCCCGUGGAAUUCCCCUCGAUAAAUUCGACGAUCGGGACCGCCGCUGCAGCCGCUAGUCACAGAACGACGGGCCUUGGUUUCCCAGCGAGGAUCACCGCGCAGUCACCGCCGAGGAAAAAAUCGACGUCGCGUGGGUCGUCGAACAACGGCAGCGGCGGCAGCAGCAGUGGCAGCGGUGGCAGAGGGAUGACGACGAAACGCGGCGGGGGGAUGACGGCGACGCCGAGGAAAUCUACGACCGCGGAGAGGAACGUUUGCGCCGGUUGGGAGCUCGAUCGGGAGCUCGAUCGCGCGAGGAAUCCCACGGUGGAGAAUUUUUGGAAAUCGUGCAAGAGGAAACUGAGCGAUGGCGCCGCGACGAAACGGCCGGAUCGAAGCGACCAGGACCGUUUCGAGACGGAUAAGGAUCUCUUUCCGGAUCGACCUCGGAGCGUCGACCUCGGCCCGGGGAUCUGUUACCAGGCCAGACGUCGCGGCGACGGCGUCGCCGAAACGGCGACGCGAUCGACCGACUCGCCGCCGCAAGCUCUGGAUCAUUCCGCCUUGGAUCAUCGAUUGAGCCGCGAGAACGCGGCCUGGGACGUCUCCGAAGGGAGAAUGAUGCUGGAGAGCGUCGUCGACGUCGAUCUCGAGGCGUCGUCCGCCGCGACGUCCGCCGCGACGACCGAGGACGAAGGGACCGUCGACGGCCAUUGCUGGGAGUUCGAGAGCCGAUCGGCGAACGAUCUGCGCGAGCAGCAGGACGCUCUCCGCGGCUCGAUCGACGUCGUCGGCCAGGCGAACGGAUCGUCUCCGACGCCGAUGCUGUGCGACGCGUUCGAGACCGAUCUGCUGGCGAUCGACGUCGCGUCGACGAGCCCGCCGGAAUCGUUCCUCGCGGAGGAGCCGUCGCCGGACUGGGCGGAGGACGUGGACGCGCUGCCGCUCGCCGACAGGAUCUCCGCCGCAGGAGGCAAAUGGCCGAGCACCGGGGACGACGGGACCUAUUUCGGAGGCCGCGGGAAACGCGGCCGGACGUCCGGCAGCAGCGCGUCCAGCGAUUUCCCUGCUCCGGCGGACGUUCGUCGGGCGAACGAUUCCGCGGCGGGCGACGGCGGGCGGUCGAACGACGGCAGGAAGCCUCGGCGGCGAAGAAAGUCGAACAGAGAUAACGAUUCCCGAUGCAAAUCGGCCGUGAGCACCGCCCGCUCCGCCGGGAACGGGCGGUCCACGUCCGCGCAACCGCCGAAAAGAAAGAAGACGGCGGCGAACGGGAACAACGUCGGCGUCGUCGCGACGUCCGUCAAGGACGUCGCGACGAGAACCGACGCGCCACGAGCGAGAAUUGCGCGGUGCGACGACGAGUAUCACGACAUUAGAAGGGUGACAAGGGGCUCCGCCAGGAUCAGCAAGGAAAAUUUCGUCGGCAAGCUUGUCUGGGCAUACUGUUCCGGAUGGUGGCCAGCGUUAAUUAUCGACGCGGGCCAUGUAGGAAUGUCGUCCGAGGCAGGAAAAUUGUGGGUUUACUGGAUCGGAGAAGCUCGUAUAUCAUUACUGUUCGAAAAAACUCAGGUCGAACCGUUCUCUGCGAACAUGGAGCAGCGGCUGUCGCAGAUCUCGAACGUGGCGCGGAUCCGGGCCGUCGACGCAACAAUGCAGAUGCUGCGCGGGUACUUGGGCUGCACCCUGACGAAGCCCUACGUAAGGUGGAUCGAGAACAACUUCUCCGAGAUACAAGGCACAAUCGAUGAAGUCAAGUUCUACCCGUUUCCGACUAAGAUCGAGCAAAGGCUUGCUCAUCUGAAGGACAGAAACGCGAAGACCACCGAGAAGUAUCUGCUGGACCAAGAACGUGAAAGUCAGCCGAGAAAGACCGCCGAAAAACCGAAAGAGCCGCCGCAGCAGAGCGACGCGGAUUUAACGCGGUUGCCGCUCAGGGAGCAGAAACCAGGUGUCAUAACGUGGGCAAAAAUCGCCGGGCACAAUUGGUGGCCAGCGAUGAUUAUCGAUUACCGGGACUGUUGCAUGCGUGAGCCGGGCUUCGGCUGCCAGUGGAUCAUGUGGUACGGCGACUACAAGCUGUCAGAGAUCCAUCAUCAGUCUUUUCUGAGGUUCGAGAUGGGCAUCGAGAAGAUGCGCGACUACAUCAACAACACCAAGAAGCACGCGUUCGUCGUCGGCGUCCUGCAAGCCGCCAAGGAUUAUUGCUCCCGUAUGGGAUACGAAACCGAUAAUUGGACGUUGGCGGACAUGUUCAAAUAUUUCUCGAAAAUAAAUCGGCCCCAGCCGCAGCCGAAUCCCCUGAAAAAAGGCGAGUCCGUCAAAAUAUACGACAAAUACUCGUCGCAGAUCGUUAAGGAGCUGAACGAGCUGAAGAACGAUCCGAACGUGGACGAUCAACGGGUGGACGACAUAGAGAACAGCGAUGAUUUGCGAUCGGUGAAGAGCCGGGAGUGCUCGAUGGAGUCGCUGUGUCUAAAGUGUCUGAAGAUCCCCGACGGGCCCAUGGAGUGCCACCCCUUCUUCGAGGGCUCCCUGUGCAUCGAGUGUUCGGAACAAUACAAGCCGUGCAUGUUCGUGUUCGGGAACGACGCGAAAUGCUUCUACUGCACGAUUUGCGCGGCGACCGGGAUGGUGAUCAUUUGCGACAACGAGGACUGUCCGAGGGUUUAUUGUACUGCCUGCAUGAAACACUUGCUGUGUCCGGCGACCUACGAGCAGGUGCUGCUAGAAGAUCCUUGGGAGUGUUUCCUCUGUAAAGCGAGGUCCGGCACCGUCCCGGACACCGUGGUGAGGCCGCGAUCCAACUGGAAGGACAAAAUAAUCGAUAUGUUCCGGACGAGCUGCAACCCGAGCGCGCGAGUCGCCAGCAAGCGCGACGGCAAGCCGAGGAGAAUCCGAGUGCUUUCUCUGUUCGACGGCCUGAGCACCGGGUUGCUGGUCCUCCGCAAGCUGGGCUUGACGGUCGACGUUUAUUACGCGAGCGAGAUCGACCCGGACGCGCUGAUGGUCAGCGCCACGCACUUCGGGGACCGCAUCGUCCACUUGGGCGACGUCCGGGACAUCACCAAAGAGAAGAUCAAGGAGAUGGCGCCGAUAGACCUGCUGAUCGGCGGCUCGCCCUGCAACGACCUGAGCCUCGCCAAUCCGGCCCGACUGGGUCUCUAUGACCCAAAAGGCACCGGAGUCCUGUUCUUCGAGUACUGCAGGAUCCUAAAACUGCUGAAGAGACUGAACAACGGGCAUCAUCUGUUCUGGCUGUACGAGAACGUAGCCUCGAUGCCGAGCGAGUACAGAUUGGCCAUGAACAAGCAUCUGGGCCAGGAGCCCGACGUGAUAGACUCCGCGGACUUCUCCCCUCAGCACAGGCUGAGACUGUAUUGGCACAAUCUGCCGUUCGAGCCGCACUCACUGCCAUUCCAAGACGAGCAAGACGUUCAAGAUAUACUGACGCCGCAUUGUCAGCGGUACGCGCUCGUCAAGAAGAUCCGCACGGUCACCACAAAAGUGAACUCCUUGAAGCAAGGAAAAGCGGCCCUGAAACCGAUCCUGAUGAAAGACGAGUGCGACUCGCUGUGGAUCACCGAGCUCGAGGAGAUAUUCGGGUUCCCGCGUCACUACACGGACGUGAAGAACCUGUCGGCGACGAAGCGGCAAAGACUGAUAGGGAAGUCGUGGAGCGUACAAACCCUCACUGCCAUUUUCAAGUCACUUUGCCCGUAUUUCGAGUGCAAUAUCGCCGGGAUGGAUUCCGCGUUAGGCUCCCAGAGCCUAAGUUUCUAGGCCUGGACUUAGGUGGUCGCGGAAUCGCCGGGCGUUUGUUACGUUACAAUGAAUCAUUCAAUCUAGUCCGAAAAGAGACGCGAAUAGAUUCGAGAUUUUUUUCUGUUUCAUUUUUCUUUUUUUUUUGUCUUUUUAAGCAUUUUUAACGUUUAUUUUCGAAUUUUAUUACAAUUGAGACAACCGAUGUAAUUCCUGCUAUUUUUAGUUUUUCGUUUUGUUCUUCUUUUUUUUGUUCUGUUCUUUUGUCUGCACGGAUAUAUGUAUAUGUAUAUAUAUAUCGUCCCCACUGGUGCAAAAUAUAUUUUACAGUCGUGUCGAAAGUAUAUAUAUAUAUCGUACAUUUUGUACAUUCACGGUAACUGUCAACAAAAAUAAAACACAGUCUUCAGGCAACCACCAAUUCGGGAGAGAAAUAAACACGAGCGUUCUUGGCGUCUCUAAAGAACUGUGCGCUCCCCGACGAGCACAGCCUUUACGAAUUAGCAUUCGCUCUUUGAUAUCUCAUACGGAAGUAUCCCCUGCGGUGUUCCCGACUAGUUGGCAACUCGUUGCUGCCGCCGGUGUACGGCACGUUUCUUUGUUGGUUCAACUGCAGCAGGGUGACGGGCACUGGUAUACAACCCACCAAACAAUUCACGUACUGCAUCGCGUGAGCCGACAGCGGCGUGUUCAGAAAGAUUUCUUCGCGUUCCGUGUCCACUCCCCUGACGAUACCUGGAUGAUAAGCGAGCAUUUUACGAUCGUUUGCAGAUGUUGUUUAUAGAUAAGGGAUAAAAAGAAAACGCGUCGCGACAAGAAACACUCACCGAAUCCGUAACACGAGCAAAUCGGCGGCCUGUCCAACACCCUCAGAUUAGAAACGAGCUCGACUUGUUGCGACUCUGGAUCAUCCAGGUCGAUACCGCACAGCGCCACUAUGUUGCCAUUGAUCACGUUCAGAACGUGCGUCGGCGGCACCGAUGCGCGCGGGAUCGAGACGAUCAACGAAGAGAACCGUGUCCUGUAAUCGGUAGUCAGCGACGUUACAAAGUAUUUAUUUUGUUGAAUCGUACGGGAAAAUAUGGUACUUACACGUACGGCACAGCUGUGUUGAUGUUAAGCGAUAUGUCGUGGCAACUGGACCUGCAAUAACAAUUUUCGCAUCAGCAAAUGAACACCAUUGUAGAUUAUAAUUUCAUCGUCUUACAUUGAAUCCACGGGAUCUCGCAGAAUCUCGCUGAGGUAAGAGGUCAUUACGAGCUCCCGCUGUUGAUAGGGCUCCAUGUUCCAAGUGUCGUUCACUGGAGCGCUUUUGCGUUCAGCGUGGGAAGGUAUCACGCAUAACUCGUGGCUGCAAUCUUCGUUCCAAUUAGCAACGUUCACGCCCCACGAGACCCUCUUCGAGACCUACGAUAACAUCAACAUAUUCGCAUGCCCUCGCCCGUCACCUUUUUUUUUAUAGACAAUAAAAUAUGGUAAAACCUCUCUCUA